AGAGAGAGAGAGAGAGGGAGAAAGGCGGCCAAACGGAGAUCACUCGUGAGCUUGGAGAAGCAUCCUCUUGGUUCUUCUGUUUUGUCUCCUCUUGGUAUUUUCGAUACGUCCUCGCGUCAAGUGUAGAGAAGCAGGAAAAAGCCACGGGGGGGGUUCACAUAUUCAGGACCGAAGAGAGGUAGAGAGCGCGAGAGAGAGGGAGCGAGGAGGAGGAGGAGGAGGAGGAGGGCUGGCGAUCGAGAGUGCGCGAGAGAGAGAGACAGCUUUCCCUGCCUUAGCAACGGUUGGCUGUGCUUGGCUCCAGCCCCUCGUCGCCUGGCUGAUCGUGUUGUGGGUCCGUCUGUGAGAGGCCGGGGGGGGUCCUCAGGGUUCCUGCCGAUUUGCUCUCUCCGAGCCCCUCGCUCCGCCGGUUACCCUUCUCUCCGGGGUCCUUUGUGCUCUGAGAUGAGUGCUGCCUUUCAGCGCUGAAAAGAAAAGAGGAGAAGGAAGGAAGCGAGAGAGCGUGAGAGAGAGAGAGGGAGGGGAGGGGGGAAAAAAGGAAAGUGUUUGGAAGAGCGUCUGUCAGCGGAUUGGGAGCAGUAUGGAGCACCUGAGCACCCGGGGCCUUCCCAGGCUGUCUUGGAUAGACACGCUCUACAGCAACUUCAACUACAACACAGACGGCUACGAUGGUGACGCCGCUGAGGACCGCAAGUCCCAGGACGGCUCGGAGACCAUGCCCUUCAUCGACGAGUCGCCCACCAUGUCGCCCCAACUGUGCGCCCGCGGGCCGGACGGCGAGGCGGUGUCCCCCACGCCCCACGAGGGCCUGCCCGGGGGCGACAUCGAGAAAGGGCUGGAGAUGAAGAAGCUGGUCCUCUCCGGGUUCCUGGCCAGCGAGGAGAUCUACAUCAACCAGCUGGACGCCCUGCUCCUGCCCAUGAAGCCACUGAAGGCCACAGCGACCACGUCCCAGCCAGUUCUGACCAUCCAGCAGAUCGAGACCAUCUUUUACAAGAUCCAGGACAUUUUCGAGAUCCACAAGGAGUUCUAUGACGCCCUCUAUCCCAACAUUCAGCAGUGGGACGACAAGGUGACCGUGGGUCACCUCUUCCAGAAACUGGCCAGUCAGCUUGGUGUUUAUAAAGCAUUUGUUGACAACUACAAAGUUGCAGUGGAGACGGCAGAAAAAUGCAGCCAGGCUAACGUCCAGUUCCAAAAGAUUUCGGAGAACCUGAAAGUCAAAGGCCCGAAGGACUCCAAGGACUGCACCACCUCGGUCACGAUGGAAGCUCUGUUGUACAAGCCCAUCGACCGUGUGACCCGCAGCACGCUGGUUCUCCAUGACCUGCUGAAGCACACUCCCAAGGACCAUCCCGACUUCCCUCUGCUGCAGGACGCGCUGCGGAUAUCCCAGAACUUCCUGUCCAGCAUCAACGAGGAGAUCGACCCCCGCAGGACCGCCGUCACCACGCCGAAGGGAGAGACCCGUCAGCUGGUGAAGGAUGGCUUCCUGGUGGAGGUGUCCGAGGGCUCCAGGAAGCUGCGUCACGUCUUCCUCUUCACCGACCUCCUCCUCUGCGCCAAGAUGAAGAAGACGGCUGUGGGGAAGCACCAGCAGUACGACUGCAAGUGGUACAUCCCGCUGGCCGACCUGACCUUCCAGACGCUGGACGACUCAGACUCCUGCACCCACGUCCAGACGCUGCCUGAGCACGAGAUCGACGAGAUGAAGACCAAAAUCUCUGCCAUCAAGAGCGAGAUCCAGAAGGAGAAGAAGGCUGUUAAGGGGCAGAGCCGAGCAUUGGAUCGUCUGAGGAAGAAGAUGAACGAGCAGGAGUCCUGUCUGCUGUUACACUCCCCCACCAUCCCUUUCCGCAUCCACAACAAGCACGGCAAGAGCUACCUGUUCCUGCUGUCCUCGGAUUACGAGCGGUCAGAGUGGAGGGAAGCCAUUCAGAAACUGCAGAAGAAAGAUCUUCAGGCCUGUGUGCUGAGCUCUGUGGAGCUCCAGGUGCUGACUGGCUCCUGCUUCAAGCUGAGAACCGUCCACAACAUCCCUGUCACCAGUAACAAAGACGAUGAAGAAUCUCCUGGGCUCUAUGGCUUCCUCCAUGUGAUCGUCCACUCUGCCAAGGGCUUCAAAGAGUCAGCCAAUCUCUACUGCACCUUGGAGGUGGACUCCUUCGGCUACUUUGUCAGCAAAGCCAAGACGCGGGUGUUCCGAGACACCACUGAGCCCCAGUGGAACGAGGAGUUUGAGAUUGAGCUGGAGGGCUCACAGUGCCUGCGGAUCCUCUGCUACGAGAAGUGCUACGACAAGUCCAAGCUGAACAAGGACGACAACGAGAUCGUGGACAAGAUCAUGGGCAAGGGCCAGGUGCAGCUGGACCCCCAGACUGUACAGUCCAAGAACUGGCACAUGGAUGUCAUAGAGAUGAAUGGGAUCAAAGUGGAGUUCUCAAUGAAGUUCACGAGUCGGGACUUGAGCUUAAAGAGGACACCGUCCAAAAAACAGAGCGGGGUGUUUGGUGUCAAAAUCAGCGUGGUGACAAAGCGGGAGCGCUCCAAGGUGCCUUACAUCGUCCGUCAGUGCAUUGAGGAGGUGGAGAAGAGGGGGAUCGAUGAAGUGGGCAUCUACCGGAUCUCAGGGGUGGCCACGGACAUCCAGGCCCUGAAAGCGGCGUUCGACACAAAUACCAAAGACAUCCUGGUGAUGCUGAGUGACAUGGACAUCAACGCCAUCGCGGGAACUCUGAAGCUGUACUUCCGCGAGCUCCCGGAGCCCCUGCUCACAGACCGCCUGUACCCAGCUUUCAUGGAGGGGAUAGCGCUGUCGGACCCCGCCGCCAAGGAGAACUGCAUGAUGCACCUCCUGCGCUCGUUGCCCGACCCCAACCUCAUCACCUUCCUCACCCUGCUGGAGCACCUCAAGAGGGUCGCAGAGAAGGAGCCCAUCAACAAGAUGUCCCUCCACAACCUGGCCACCGUCUUCGGCCCCACCCUGCUGAGGCCCUCCGAGUCAGAGAGCAGCAAAGCACACAUCACCCUGGCCUCCGACAUCUGGUCGCAUGACGUCAUGGCGCAGGUCCAAGUGCUCCUCUACUACCUUCAGCACAAUCCCAUCUCCUUCACCGAGCUGAAGCGCAACACCCUCUACUUCUCCACCGACGUUUAGCCGGGGGCCGCCGCCAUGAGGGACUCCGGGAGCUCCGCCCCACACACCUUUUUACUGUACAGCGCCAACGAGAGACAGAGAAAAAACUAAAAAAAAAAAACAAAAAAAAGAGAAAAAGCUAACAGACAGAAAGCCACUGUGCUCCCUCUGCAUUCCUUAGUCAUGUUGUGUGUGUGUUUGUGUUGAGAGCGCCAGUCCCCCCCCCCCAUGAUCUGUCUGGUGGAAGCUGAAGAUUGGGGAGAGCAGCGGCCCUCUCGCCCCGGGAGCCCGCCUCCCCUCGCUGCCUGAUAGCGCUCGCGCCCCUCGCCCCGUGACGGCCAGGGUCGGAGCUGAAGUCCGCCACACUGACCCGACACAGGCCCGUUCACUGCCCUGACAUCCCAUCCUGCCCCGCCCCGCCCCGCAUAAAGACUUCAGCUUUUCUUCCAUCUCUUGUUUUGAAAUGGGGAAGACGGGGGGCAUGUACUCCUCGACUCCCGAAGCUCUCUCGUCCGUCCCGAAAAAGGGCCCCCCCCCCAUGUUUGUUCCCGUCGCAGUGUCAUGGUAAAGUAACUGAGAACGCAGUCUCCGGCAGGCGCUCGGACAGCCUGGCUGAGGAGCGACCGUGUGCGUGUCGUGACCGUGUGCGUAGCGUGGUGGUGUCUGACUGGGUAGUGGUUUCAGAAUGUUCUGUUACUCAGUUUUUUUUUUCCUCCAGAGGCAUUCCAGAAAUGGCAUUUACAUAUUUUAUAAAUAUUGUUUGUUUGAUAGUUUAUCUUUUGGUUUUCUCUUGCUUUGUGCAUGUGGUUUCAGGAGGGUUGUGUGGACGAUACUGACACCAGGGAGAGGCUUCACUGGCGGCGGGUUCUCCCGUCGUCACAGGUUCUGUGCAAAGGCUCGAAAGCAUCCCGUUCAGGAACACAGCCCUCUAUUUGUCAAGUUUUGGCCAAAUUUGCCCUAUUUAUUAUAAAUAUAUAUAUUACGUGUGCCUGUACAGUCCAGUACAUCUAUAGAAUUACUCUGCGGAGCCCAUUGUUUGAAGUUUAUCAGGUAGUGAUGUUUUUUAGUUCAUUUUCUCCUUUCCAGUCAACGUUGACUGAGCUGUACUGUAAUGAUAACAUGAACAAACAAAAAAAAAGAGAAGAAACAGAUGUACAAAUUCUGACAGUUGAUUCUUGAGCGGUUUUCUUUAAAAUUGGUAUGAAAUCCUAAAUGGGGGUUGUGAGAUAUGACUUAACAAGUAUGGAAAAUGUUCUGCUUCUUUAAAAAGUCAAGCCUGUUCUGUGUACGACAGCAUUCUAGUGUAAUUAUGGGAUGAUCUGUGUAAUUGCCCUCGUUGCAUGUUCAGCUUGUCAUCGAUCAGGCCGGGUAACACAAAGGUAGAUUUUCCUGCUGUUUUUCUGCAUCGGCGCCCAUGAUCUGAGUGUAGAGCCAUGCAAAUCCAACCUUUCUGCUAUCAAGCCCGCAACAUAUCUUAAAAAUAAGCACUGUUAGAUGAGUACUAUUUGAUAUUUUUAAUAUAAGAUUAAAAGAAAAAAAUCAAAACUGUGUAUUUUACUUCCUUUAGGAAGAAAUUGAGUACAUACUGUAUUAACAAU